UUGCAUGUCAAUUGUCAGUAGUACUCUGUACGAUAAACGGUUAGAAAAAAUUUUUUUGCUCAAUUCUGGAAAAUCAUGAGGUUAUCCGGGUUAUCGUGAUGUCGUCGAACGGCAUCUUUACAAAACUACACCAUCAAUGUACGUUCGGUGUUCUUAGUGCUUGAGAGAGUGCGUUUUCGGUUUCUAUCGAGUCCAGCCUUUCCAGCUGGCUUGGGUAACCGCGUACUGUGUGCGCAAGCAUCGUGAGAGUAUACGUUUCUAAUCGCGAACGUCAUCAUGUCCGCCGUGAAACAAGUGAUGCAGGUCAUCGGCUCGCACCACAUAUCCAAUCAGUUGCUGGAAUCCGAUUGCGACAAGUCUGGUGGUCUGAUUUCCAACGGCGAAUUUGCGUGGUUUGCCGCCGGAGCCAAUAUCAUACUUUAUUCAAAACAGCUUGGGUCUGUUGUGUCGUCCCGGUCGUUCGCCACCAAUCAAAAGGAUAAAUCGUUGACGAUAACUUUUGUUCAAGAAUUACAUAACAGUAAAAAUCCACACAUUUUGUUAGUCGGAUGCUCUUGUAAAUCUAUUGGUUUAUUGUUUGUUUGUCAAUUGCCAACAUUAACGACCAUUCGUUGUAUUCAAAUGCCAAAUCCAAUAUCCUACAUUUCUACAAUUAGUAAUGAAUCACUCGUGCAAGAUCAACUUUGUGAUGAAUUUAAAGUUAUGUCCACUGUACUCUUAAUUGGAAUGAUAACUGGAGCGGUUUUUGCAGUUGACCUAAGAAAACGUUAUAUUGAGAACCAAUUACAAAGAAACGAAAUAGUUGUAAAUGAAUCUAAGCCAAGCAAACUAUUCAUCAUUAGAAGAAACGAGGAUUGCCAAGAAGUUAAAGAAAUGAGUGAUGAUAGUGAUUGUCAUUUAGCAAUAUUCAUAAAUGAAAAUUUCUGUAUCUAUUGUAAAAAACAAUACCGUGGCAAACUAAACUUUAGCAUAUCUAGUUUAUUAUAUAAUGAAGAAAUCAAUACUGUAGCCAUUGGAUAUUCUACAGGUCACUUUCAACUUUGGGACUGUAAAAUAAUGCGGACAAUAUAUUUGUUAAAAGAGCCUAAAUGUGUUAUGCCAGUAACCCAUAUUACUUUUCUUGAACCAUCAGAUGAUCCAAAUAAUCUAUGUUAUCUUUGGGUUAUUCAAUCAGAUAAUUCUAGACUUCCGAAUGCCAUGAUGAUUGCUUUGACUUAUGAGCAAAGAACUAUGAUGUCAAAUGGCUGUUUGUCUUAUAGAGUAUAUAAAGGAAAUGGUGUAAAAUUAGAAAUGUCUUUAAGAAGAGAAUCUGGAAUUGGUCGAUGCAUAUCUGCAUUAACUUUAUGUAAUGUGAAUUUAUUCAGAAAUGAAACUGAUAUGGAUGAAGAUUGUGAAAUAAGAUUAUUUGCAAUGUUAAUGGAAAUUCGUCGAAAUGUGGAUGCUAGCCCUGAAUCUUACGUUUUUUUGUUUGAUAUCAACCAGUGGUAUAAAGCUCAGAUGCCAUCAAAUAUAAAUCACCUCAAAGUAUCAAAUUCUUAUGCUAGUUUUGUGAAAUUACCUCAUAAUUCUAGUUAUUUAGAUUUAAAUAUUUCUGACAAGACAUUGCGCCCAUUUGGUUACAAUUUUAGAAAUAAUGUUGAAGAACUCUAUUAUCCAUCUUCAAUAUAUUUUGAAUGUGAUUGCUUAUUAGAUACCGAAAUUAUUAGAUUUAAACAUGCUGGUGUUCAGCAAGAAAUUUUGGAUCAAUUGCUUUUAAAAAAUUGGAGACUAUUAAUUAAUCCAAGUUUAAUAUUCAGCCAGUGUUUACAGACAAAUUUAAGACCUUUCUUUUGGGAUAAAACAGAUGAUUAUGCAAAUUACAGUCUGCCUGAUCAAAGAAGUUUUGUGAUAUCAAUUAUAGUAGAAAACAAAAUUAUGUCAGUUCUUAGUGCGUGUGCUGAAGAAUGGAAAAAUGGUACUUAUGCAUCUAGUGAAGCAACAAUUUUACAUUUAGUUCAAUGUCUUUGGAAGCACGUCAUGGUUGUUAAACAAUAUGCUGACAAAUUAUGUGUUCCUUUAUUUGACUAUUCUGGUACUCAAUUGGGUAAAAAAAAUGAAAGAGUAUUAAAUCAUUGUUUAUCUCAAAUGCUGUGUGUAAAACAUUUCCUGGAAGAUUUGCAUAAUUCUUAUGGUAUUCAUAUAAUAAAUGUUGAUUAUUCUUAUCGUGUGUAUACACUAAGUUUGGUUACUCAGUAUUUUAAAGCAGUAACAUGUUUUAUUUACUAUGGACUUUUACCGGAAUCGAAUGAAGAAGAUCCUACUCAUAAAAUCAUACAGUGUGAUUUUUCGUCUCUUAUUCAAUAUGCUAUUAAACGUCGAAAGGAAUUUGGAGGUUUGUCAUUGUAUCUUAUUGACGCAUUUGUGUCUAAUGAACCUAAAGGAAAUAAAUUGAUUGAGCAAUGGCUACAUGAAGGUGGUGAAGAAACAAAAGGCUUAUAUCCGCCAUCUAAUGUUCAAUGCCUACUAAGAAUUUAUUUGAAUGCUGCACUUUCUAACCAAGUCAAAGAUUUUAUCACAAUUUAUUUUUUGAUUGAUGUCUGUUCAUCACAAGAAAUUGAUUUAAUAACAGCAAAUCGUAUGUGUAAUUUUGCUGUUGAAUUCGAUAUUGAAAAUAAAGGAUUGAAUACACUAUGUCGUGCUAGCUGGUUAUUAGAUCACGACAUGUUUGAAGAAGCUAUGGAUAUCAUGGCCAGCAGCAAUGAAUGGAUGGUUAAUGAUAAAUCUUGGGAUUGGUAUCACUGGACUGUCUUGAAAUUACUUGUGUUUAAAGAGCAAUAUUUUUGGGCACGGUUUUACAUGCAACUCACUAAUAUUAGCUUAGUCAAUAUUGAUGAUCACAAGUUUUAUGUUAACUUGCAAAUCAUGAACAACCAAUAUUUUGAUACUUUAAUGUAUUUACGAGCCAGAUCCCCUAAAGAAAAACAAACUUUGUUUGAAUAUUUCUUUGACCGAUGUAAAGAAACAAAGAGAUUAAAAUGUCUGAUGGAGUAUCUGUGGGAUAAGGAGGAAGCAGAAUUAUUUUUGUCGUAUUUGAAAAAGUUUGAUGAUACUGAAACAUUAACUUUUCAAUUAAUAUUUUUGUUACAGCGAGGAAGWCAUAAGGAAGCUAUCAAAUUAAAUCAAACAUUAAAAGCUAGACUUAAAUCAAAUAAUAAUGAUGCACUGGCAAUUACUAGUCUUUUAGUUGAUGGAUUUGAAAAACAUAUUCCUAAUAUUAUGAAAAACAAUAAUGGUCGUCUUCCUAUUCAAAGUGUAUAUAAAAAACCAAAUGUUGUCGUGAAAUGUAUGAACAAUGAAAGUAAAAUGAUUAUAAUGGAUAGGAAUAAAGCAAAUUGUUUAUUAAAAAGGAAGAGUGGAUCUUUUACACAAUCAAAUUCAAUUGAUCUUUUCUUACCAGCAAAUAAUAAUACAAGGAAGCGGUCACCUAUAGACAAUAUGAAACAUAAUGAAAAACGCAGAAAAAUAGAUGACAAUUUAUUAAGUACUCCAAGAGCUGAUAAUGAAAUUGUAAAACCAAUUGAAAAACAAGUAUUAGAAAUACUCAAUACUCCUUUAGUUGAAAAGACUAUUGCAUCACCAUCUAUUACAAGUUACUCAUCAAUUUUAAAGACAAAAUUUUCAACAAACAAACAAAAAAUAUCAUUUAGUGAUGAUAUGACUCCAAGGUCUUCAAUAAGAUUUAGUUUACCUAAUAAUACUGACACUAUGGUUGAAAGGGUUGAUUCCAAAAAAGUGGUUAAUGUACUACAGACUGAUAAUCCUGAAAAUGAAAGCUUUUACAGUGUUGAUAGCAAUGACAACAAUGAUUUACCAAAUCAAAUUAUUCCUGAACAAAUACCAUUAACUUUCCAGGAGACACUCAAAAGUAAUUCUAAAAUGAAUAAUAGUGAUGAAUAUGAAAAAAUGGAUAUUUCUGAGGAAAAUUCAUGUUCUGAACAUGAACAAAUUGAUAUAGAUGAUGAUAUGUCUGAAAAUGAAUUGGAAAAUGAAAAAACGGUUUCAAGUUUAUCAGAUGAUGAUUGUGUUAUCUUAACAUCUGAAGAAGAGGAUGAUAAAAAUGUUCCUAAAAAUUCAAGUUUAACUUUGAAAGAAGACAUCUCACCUUUGACUCCAAAAUCAGUUACAAUAGAAGAGAAGAAAAAAUUGAAUCCUAAUUUUGCGACCUUGACUACUGUAGGUGUUGAUAAUAAUAGUCUAAUUCCUAAUAUCCAUGAGAAUAUUAAUAAAAAUGAAAAACCACUAGUUAGUGAUGUUUCUACUGACUGUUUAAAACUGGACACAAAUUCUAAUGAUCAACUUCCUGUAAAAAAAAGUAAAGUUAUUGAUUUGAUUUUGUUGGAUUCAGAUGAAGAUGAAAGUGAUGUUUUAUCUGAAUGCUCAUCAAGUAAAAAAACAUCAGAUGGCAGUAUCAUAUCAGAAGAAAGUGAUUUAGAAAACACAAGAUAUGGUAGAUUUAAAUCUCAAACAAAACAAGGCACUGAAGAUAGUAAUGACGAGGAAGUUGGUGGAUAUACUGAAGAAGAAGAUGAUUUCGGAGAAUGCGAAAUUGAAGAAGAUGAAAUUGGAGAAAGUGAAAUUGGAGAAAGCGAAAUUGGAGAAAGUGAAAUUGGAGAAAGUGAAAUUGGAGAAAGCGAAAUUGGAGAAAGCGAGAUUGAAGAAGAAGGUGAAGAGUUAGAUUUUUCAGAAUCAUAUGAUAGAGACUCAGAAGAAUCUGAAAGUGAACUAAGCCCUAAACAAUGUGAAAACAAAUGGCAAACAGAAGAUGACUCAGAACUAAAUAGUGAAGUAAGCGAAGAAAGUAAUUCAGAACAUUCUUCCAUAAACAGUUUAGAUCAACAAAAUGUUAAUUUUGAUGAAAAUGACGAAGAGAAUAAAAUAGAAAACUGCCGCAUAACAUGUUUCAGUUCUGUGGAUAAGCAUAAAAGAUGUGACAAUGAUAAUAAUAAGAAUAAGUCAAGCCAUAUUGAAUUUAUCAAUCUAGAUGAAGAUGAUGAUUUAGAAAAUCAAGAAGAUUUAGAAUGUGUUGAUAAUAAAGAACAUCAGUCAGAAAAACUCACAGAUAAACCGUAUGAUGAAAAUGAAGACAAUUUAGAUGAAUCAGAUGAUGUAAGUGACGAAAACUAUUCAGAUGAAUCAGAUAUCAUAAUUGAUGAUGAAAGUGAYGAAAAUAAUUCAGAAGAACCAUUUGUUACACUUGAAGUUGAAAAUAAAGAUGUUGUAGAAGUUCAAAAUGUCGUACCCGACGAUGCAAAAGAAGAAUCAAAUAGCAUACUUGUUGGUGAAAAUAAUGAAAAUUUACAAGUACCUGAUGUCAUAAUUAAUGAUGAUACAAGUGGGCAAAACAGUGAAGAAGAAUUACAUUCCAUACUUGAAGAUGCAAGUGAAGAAAACAGUUCAGAAGAACCAGAUGUUUUACUGGAUGUUGUUGCAAAUGAAGAAAACAGUUCAGAAGAACUUGAUGUUGCAAAUGAUGAAAAUCAUUUAGAAGAAACAGGUAUUUUACUUGACAUUGCAAGUGAAAAAAAUAAUUCAGAAGAACUUGAUGUUGCGAGUGAUKWAAACAAUUCAGAGGAUCCAGGUGCCUUACUUUACGUUGCAAGUGAAAAAAAUAAUACAGAAGUACUUGAUGUUUCGAGUGAUGAAAACAAUUCAGAAGAAGCUGGUGUCUUACUUGAUGUUCCAAGUGAAGAAAAUAAUUCAGAAGUACUUGAAAAUGAAAGUGAACAGAAUAGUUCUGAAGAAUCAAAUGUGAUUCUGAAUGAUAAUAAUGCUGAAAAUAAUUUGAAAUUGUUCAAAACUCUAAAAAAUGAGGAAACACCGGAAAAGAAUGAAUUAGUUGACAGUGAUAAAAUAUUAUAUCCCAUUGAUUCACAAUCCAAUUCAUUAGAAAAUCACGCACAUAAUUUGUAUGUCACUAAAGAGACUAAUUCAAAUGAAAACAAUCAGAUAUGUUAUGAAGAAAAUAAAAAUUCACAUACUAUUAUAAUCGGCGAUGACAAAACUAAUGAUUCAUGUGAGAAAGAAGACAAAGAUGUUAUUGAAAUUGUUGAAAAUACAGAUCAGGUAAGUGAUCCUAUUAAUCUCCAUGACAUUGAAAACAAUGAAGAUAAUUUAUAUAAUGACCACAAUGAAGAUAGCCAGUCUGAGUAUUUGUCUCCUAAUAAUGAUCAUUCUUUUGAGAUGUUAAGAGACGAGUGUAACCCCAUACCUGAUGAUGGUUUUAAUCAUCUUACUAUGAAUGGAGUUGAAGCAGAUCAGCUAGAAAUGGAAGUUAAUCAAUCUACUCCAUUUAUGUUUGGGGAAUCAUUUUUUGGUCAACAAGAAAUUCCUGAGAACAAGCCCAUGCUUCUGUUUGGUCAUUUAUAUUGUUCUGAAAAUGAACAACUAAAUGUAAAUAUACAAACUGAUAAACUUGAAACCCAAGAGUCAAUUGUUAUUAACAAUGUAGUUGAGAACACUAAUACAGAACCAGAAAUUGAAGUAGAGGGUGAAAUUCAAGAUAUAUUAGAGCUAGAAUCCUUACCUGAAAGUAAUCCAGAUGACAAUAUUGAUACACAGAAUAAUACAGAAUCUAAUAAUUUUCAACUGGAGUCUAAACAAAUUAAUAAAAUAUUGUAUAGCAAUGAAAAAACUGUCUUGUUAGAUGAUUCCCAUCUUCAAAAACCUAUUUAUUUUGGAAACAGUGAUUCCACACAAGAAUUUGAAAAUAAAGAGCAAACUUCUAGUACAAAUAUCGAUUUACCAAAAAAAUCUCUUGAACUGAAAAAUAAAGAUUUGACAAAUGAUGAAUGUUGUGACUUACUUAAGACAAAACAAAUAAAYUCUUCUUUACCCCAUGAAUCAGAAGAAAAAAUAUUAAAAACAGAUAAUAUUCUCCCUAAUAUGGUUGAAAACUAUACUACAAAUUCUGUAAGUACAAUGGAAUCUGAAAUAUCAUCUUGUGUUGUUGUAGAUGAUGAAAAAAUCUGUUUUAAGUCUCAAAGAAGCAUUUCAACAACUGAACCGAGGCAAUCAGUGGAUGUMAUCGAUAUACAAGAUGCUGAUGAAGUUCAUUCUAAAUCUGAUUCAUCUGUUGUGUCUUGUUCAUCAAAUAUUGAUCAAUUCAAUGAUUUCGGUGUUAAUGAUCAGUUAUUAAAAAAUCAAAAUAUUGAUGAAAACAUCAGCUCUAGUUCAAAUAAUGAAGAAUCAGGAUCUCAUCAAAUAGUCAAGUCUGUACAAAAAUGCAUUGAAUUAGAAACAACUACAAUUAAAGCUGUUGGUCCAAAAUGCCCAAAUAAUUCAGAUAAUAUUCAAAAUGAUGCAAAUGAAAAUAAAACAAAUUUAGUGGAAAAUCUUGCAGAAUUAGAUAAAAGUCAAAAUAAAMGCAUUCUGGAUAUUCCACAGUUUGAAAAUUAUAGUUUGCGUUCAUCUUCAAGAAAAAGUAUUACAAAAACAAAAGAAUGUUUAUUAGAUGUUCCUUCCACAACAGAACAAAUAUUAACCCGCAAUAAAAAGAAACUAUUGUCUGAACCAAUCCAAGAAAAUAAAACAAGUACGUCAAUUGUUAUUGACCAAACAAAGAAAGCCAAAUCCAUUCCAUCGGUAGACACUAUAACAAUAACAACAAGGUCAAGAGCUAAAAGUGUACCCAAACAAGUAAAAUUAGAAACGAUUUCUUCAAAUAUUUUCCGUAGUUCUGGAAUGGUUGAAGAUAAUAGUAGACAAGUAAGGGUGUCAUUAUCAAAAAAGAGAUCAAAAAGUCAGGAAAACAUUUCAUCAAUAAAACGUAGAAGUGGGCGAUCAAAAUCUUUAGCUCCUGUAGAAGAAUCAGUAUCUAUUAACAGAAAAACUGUGUUUGGCUUAGAGAAAAUACCUGAAGAAGAUAGUUUAAAUGUAGAUACAGAUAUCAUUAAAACUAGACAUACAGCAUUAAAAAGAAAAUCAAAAUUCAAUUUCUUAUCUAAUUCAUCAAAAAAAAUAGAAAAUGAUAGUGUAAGCUCAAAAUGCCAACAAGAUACAAAACCGAGAACUCCACAAAGAUCUAAAUCACUCCAACCAGACCCUGUUCUAACAUUUUCUGUCGUGAAAACAAAACCAAAACGAAGUUCAAGUGUAAAUAUGUUAAUUUCAAAUGAUGAAAUUCCUACUGAAAAGGGUGACUUAAUGGGAGUUUUAAAAAAAGCAUUAAAUUCAUCAGAAAAAAUAAGAAAACGCUCGGUAACCGAGUCACUCAAGAGCAGAAAAAAACAAAAAAUCCAAAAUCAAGUUGAGGAAGAAAAAAUUGAAAUAGCUGAAUCUAAAUAUAAUUCAAAUGAUGAGUCUAAUCAAAGUAAUCAAAAUUCUAAUUCCUCUUAUUCUUCUGAACAAUUAUCACCUAUUGCUGGGAACAUUUCUCAGCAUAUGUUGUAUACUCCAGCUAAAAAACGAACUAAAAUACGUAUGACUAACUUGGAUUCUGAAAAUGAAGAUUCUUCUUCAGAUGAAUCAACAGAUUCUAAUCACGUUAUGACAAGAUCAAUGAUUCAAAAUUCUAGCAUUGUAGAAUUAGAUUCUCUGAAGAAUGAAUUAAGACCAUCGGUUAAAUCAAAAUUAUCUAUCAACCGGCAUAGAAAAUCAUCUGUUAGCAACAUAACCGAAAUUAAAACUCCAAAGAAACCAGCUUCGCUUGUAUUUGAAAGGGAUGAACCAUUGUCUAAGCGCAAAGCCAAAAAUAUAAAGGAAAAAAUUGUUCAUGCGACAAUAGAACCAUCAAUUGAAGCUCCUUCUACUUCGGAAAGACGUAUGACACGUUUUCAACAAUCAAUAUUAGAUAAAUCAUUACAAUCCACAUCUGUUAUUGGUAUGUGGAAUCUGAAGAUUUCUGUGCAGGAUUCUUCUUGCACUUCUAUGAGAAAGUCUCAGGGCAGCUAUAUGUUUAACUGCUAA